GAAAUUAAAGUUGAAUGUAAAGUUGUUACAACUGAAGAUGGUCACACUGAAAAUGAUCUUUCAGUUUACUUCAAACAUCCAAACUUCCAUAUGGCUGGAUGGAUUGCUACUCACAUUGCAAUUAAACAUGUUUACAAUUUACUUUACAAAAAACUUAAAGUAUUUGUCCCAGAAAAUAGACAAGAAAUCCUUGAUAUUGCUAAAGCUGUAACCUCAUGUGGCGAAUAUUUACACCAUCACCACGAUCACGAAGAAGAACUCGUCUGGGAUUGGUUAAAGGAAAAGAAACCAGAAUCUAAAGAAUUCUUAGGUACUAUGGAUCACCAACAUGGUGAUUGGGUCCAAAAGAAUAAAGAGAUUUCCGACCUCAUCACUUCCAUCAAAGAAAAUGAAAAUCUUAAAGAUUCAACAUCAGAAGGUUGGUCAGAAACUCUCGAAAAGCUUCAAUCCAAUAUUAAAAACCAAAUCGCUCUUAUCUAUGAACAUUUUUAUGAUGAAGAACGUUUAAUUCUUCCAAUUGCCAUCAACAUUCCAAAAGCUGAUCAAAUUAAAAUUGGUGAUAUCAUUCACGAAAGAAUUAAAAAAGAAUCAAGUGGUAAAUUUGGUUUAGGUGCUAUGCUCGAUGCUUCAAAUCACAACAAAGCUAUGGCUGAUUCCUUAAAUAAAGCAAUUCCAUGGUUUGUUAGAAAAGUAAUUUUCCCAUUAGCUAUUAAAAAGGAUUAUAAAUGGUUCACCUCAGUUGUAGAAAUUAAA